GGCUAUAUAGUUAAUGGUUCAAAUAAUAUAAUAUUAUACACAUUACACGUUCAAAGACGAAUGAACUCAGUUGAAACAUGAAAAAUCAAAAUACCUUUUUCAAUAAAAUAAAUUACAAAAUGUAUCUUAAAUUGAACACAGGCAAUCGAUUUUCCAUGCAGUAAUCCAGAAAGGCAGCAACAACACCUCACUCAUAAGUAGAAUAUUUAGGGACUUCAAGAAUUAAAUCAAUAUGUUAAUAAACGCAUGUGAUCCGAUUUUCAAUGCAAACAUACAGUUGGAUGGCAGUUGUAUAUCUCGAGAAGACUAUUCCGUAGAGAAUCUUAUUUCACCAGAUAUAGGAUUGCGAAAAAAAGGAUUUUUAUGUGAGACUUUCAUCCGGCCACCUGUGAGUUUAACAUUUAGUUUUCCGUUCGCAUUUGACAUUAAAUAUGUGGUGAUCGGCACAAGGGUGGGCGGUCAAAAGUCCUCAGGAUUUCAGAUAUGGGCAGGACGCAGUAACAAUACACAAAAGAUCUGUUCAAUAAUAACUAAUAAUGAGAUGAUAGUAUUUCAUGACAAUAGUACGGAUUUAUCUACCUUUGGGAACAAUUAUGACAAAUGCUGUUUUAAUAUAUCGGCUAGUAGAAAUAUCAGAUCAGCUGAGAAGUUAUCUGUGCGUAUUUUCAAAACAGAAAAUUCUAUACCGGCAAUAGGUAAGUUAGAAAUUUGGGGAAAGGUUUCAUGUAGUGUACCAAAAGAAAUUCGUCAAUCAAUAACUCGUGAUUGGGAAGAGAGUAAAAUUCCAAAACAAAUACAAAAACAAAUUAACAACACACAACUAAUUACAGAAAAAGUUUCGGACACUUUCAUUAUAUGUGAUGACUUUUUAGAUUCAAUUACUUAUGAAGUAAUGACAUGUCCUAUGGUUCUACCUUGUGGAAAAUAUGUUGACAGAUCAACUGUAGAAAAAUGCAUUGAACAUGAUACCGCAUAUGGACGUACACCUUGUGACCCUUUUACCGGAAUACCAUUUACAGAUAAACUAAGACCUAUGCCUGUACCAGAAUUGAAAGGACGAAUUGAUUCGUUUUUAAUAAAACAUGCAGAUGAUGACAAUGUGAAAUGUAUACCACGUGCAGUGGGUAAGCGUAGUUUUAGUUUUUACACAGAACGCCAGACUAAAAAAGCCAAAGUACAAUGUAGUACGUGUAAUGAAAACUGUAAUAUUUAUUAUUUACCUUGUAAACAUCUGCAGUGUAGAAAUUGCUUAAAGACUGAGAAAAUCAAAUGCAAUGUUUGUCACAGUAAUUUUAAUCGCAGUCAAAUCGAAAAAUAUCAUGAGAACGAUUAGUAUAAAAAAGAUUUUAUUACAACAUUGAUUACAAUUAUGUAUUUCUGUUCAUUCCUUCAAAGAAACUUACUAUGUCAUAUUUAUAUUUAAUCAGUUAUAAAAAUGAUUUUAGUGAUUGAAAUGGCCACAAGUGAAAGAAAACAACUUUUAAUCUGUUAGUUAAAGUUUGCUAUUUCUUUAAA